AUUGUGCCGUUUAUUUUUGCGGAGUUUGAGUUGACAUUACUCGCUACUUGUAUCGUUACGAUGGACCUGGCCUCAAUCCGCAUAUCCGGCACUUCUCACAAAACACCGGAAUAUGGUCAAUUAGUCAAAACCCUCGAUAUUCAAUUGAAAUCAGAGGGUCACCAAGAUAUGACGAAGGUUCCAGGUGAAGAGCGAGGAGAUGUCAUCUACCCAAAGGGUUUAUCUCUCAACUCGCAUUACGACACAAUUGGGCCAAGGCUCUCCUAUUGUUUCAUCUCCUACCACAACAGAGACUAUGACCUACGCGCACCUCCAAAUACACGUAUCGCGACCUGGUACGGUACCUCAAGUGUAGAAACACUCAAUAUGGGAGCCGAUGAAGAUGCCCAUACGGGGUCUUAUGAUCUAUUCUUCAAGUCACUGAGGCAAAUUGGUGCCACGCUCGAAUUUCUUGACAUCGUCUGGGCUACCAGCCGCUACGGUUCACAGUUGACCAUUGGCUCACUUCAAGAUUUCCGCUCCCUCAAAACACUUUUUAUCAACUACUCCUUCCUUUUUCAAAAGGACAUCAAAGACGACUUGCCCAUGAUAACCGCCGUUCUUCCUCCUAAUCUAGAAGUGCUUGGGAUGCAUGCAGAGGCAUGGAGUCGUUUAAGCGAUAGCGACAAACUUGAGGGUAUCAGGAGGAUUUUAGUUGACAAGUCUCCUUCAUGCAUCCCUUCCCUACAGACAAUAGGAGAUAUAAGUAAUCCUGCAUUUCUGAGUCCACUAGAGGACUUGGCGUCCAAGAUGAAUGUCAAAAUAGAGCUCGAGGGCAAAUAUUUGACAUUCCCCCAUACUCGAAGUGCGCGAAUGCAUCCAGACGUGUGGUCUUAUUGGGAUCAAGGAGAUUAUGUGGAUUGCAUGAAGCAGCUUUUGUUUGACAAAUCGACGUUAUUGGAACGAGACUUCGAACUCGAUGUUCACAUCAAAUUGAAUCAGAUAUCCUACUAUUGGGACCAGCUCGCAUAG